ACACGGGCACACGGCGGAAGCCUCAGCUCAGAUCCCAGACGGUCAUCACCAACUCAGGCGAGAGGACGGGAAGAUCACAGCCGGAUUAAGAUCGCAUAGUCGGCGGCGUUGCGCGCAGCGGCGAAGAGGCGGCCAGGAUGGCGGCGACCCUGGCGCCGGGGGUGUCCCGGAAGCUGAAGAAGGUGCUCGAGACGCGGACGGACAGCCCAGAUCUGCUGGCUUCGCUGGGGGCGCUCUCCACCUUCUACGUGCACAACACCCCGCAGGCGCGCCGCAACCUCAAGUCCUCCGUCGAGCACCGCUCGCUCGCCAUCAACCGCCAUUUCCUCGACGCCUCCCUCCCCGCUCAGAAGUCGUUGGAUCGCGUCGAGGGGGAAGUGAACGCUCUGAGCGACUCCUGGAAGAAGAUUGAGGAAGCAUUGAGCAGUUGUAGCGCAAGCACGGGGGAUAUCAUCAGUACAACGGAGAGGCUGCAGCAAGAACUUGAGGUUAUCACUCAGCGCCAAGAAAUUGUAUCAUGUUUCCUCCAGGACUACCAACUUUCGAACGAAGAGAUCCAUGCACUCCGGGAAGAAGAUAUUGAUGAGAAAUUCUUCAAGGCACUGCUGCAUGUCCAAGAAAUCCAUUCGAACUGCAAGGUUCUGCUGCGAACACACCACCAGCGAGCUGGUUUGGAACUUAUGGAUAUGAUGUCUGUGUACCAAGAAGGAGCUUAUGAAAGAUUAUGCAGGUGGGUUCAAGUUGAGUGUAAAAAACUAGGUGAUACUGAUAAUCCUGAAGUAAGUGAACUUUUGAGGAAGGCUGUUCGCUGCCUGAAGGAAAGACCCGUUCUAUUUAAGUACUGUGCUGAAGAGGUUGCCAAUAUGAGGCACCAUGCCUUAUUCAGGCGGUUUAUAAGUGCUCUUACUAGAGGUGGACCUGGAGGGCUUCCAAGACCAAUUGAAGUACAUGCUCAUGACCCUCUCCGUUAUGUAGGCGAUAUGCUGGGCUGGCUGCAUCAGGCACUGGCAUCUGAAAGAGAGCUUAUAGCUGCGCUGCUUGAUCCUGAGGCAAUAAGUGACAGUGGUCCAGCCAAUCGUCGUCAUUCUGUACGAGAAGGUGAUUCAUCCAAAGGAGAAUCUGAUAUCACUUCUGUUCUCGAUAGAAUAUUUGAAGGGGCAUGCCGACCGUUCAAAGUUCGAGUUGAGCAAGUUCUGCAGUCACAACCAAAUCUGAUAGUUUCUUACAAACUUAGUAAUACCCUGGAAUUCUAUGGUUACACGAUAUCAGAACUGCUGGGUGUAGACACGGCAUUGUGCAAUACAAUAUGGUCACUUAGAGAUGCAACACAGCGGACAUUCUUCAACAUUCUGAAGAGUCGUGGAGAAAAGUUAUUGCGAUAUCCUCCACUUGUUGCAGUUGACCUCUCUCCCCCACCAGCAGUGAGAGAGGGAAUUUCUUUGUUGCUUGAGCUCAUAAGCACAUACAAUAGCAUGAUGGUUUCUGCCUCUGGAAAAGGGUUAAACUUUGAUCCUGUCAUUUCUGCAAUAUUGGAUCCUAUAAUUCAGAUGUGUGAGCAAGCUGCCGAGGCACAGAAGUCAAAAGGUGCACUCGCACGGCGUGGUAGAACUAGUUCUGAUACUAGUGGAAAUAAGAGAGAUUCAAUCUCAGUUGAUGCUAUUCUAUCGAAGAAUUUAUCCACAUCUGUCCUGAGUGGUGAAUCGUCAUCCAAAGUCUACCUCAUCAACUGCUUAUCAGCUAUUGAGGAACCAUUGAUGGGUCAGGAGGUUGCAACAAGCUAUGUCAACAAUCUCCGCUCCAUGAUUGGAACACAUGUCCGAGCCCUAGCAGAAAAAGAAGCUGAUAGCAUUCUCACAAAAUGCGGAUUGUCGAGUAAGAUGUCAUACAUAAAGAACUACAGCUCCAUGGAAAGCAAGGAUGAUGCAAGACCUCUGGCAGAUGUGGUGGAGACAUCGCCACAGAUGCUUCUGGAAUGCUUGAAGGCAUUCUAUGGUCUUGUGACUGGAACAGAAGGUUCCUUGCCUGAGUUUGAGCAGCUGCAGGUUCCAAGGCUACGCUCAGAUGCCUGCUACGGCCUGGCAAGAGCUCUAGCAGAAGCUUAUGAGCUCAUUUACAAGGCGGUGAUGGAUCCAAAGAACUGUUAUCCUGACCCAAGAUCAUUGGUUAAGCAUUCGCCCGAGCAGAUAAGAACUAUACUGGAAAUCUGAGCUCCAUACACACCAUACCUUCCGAUACAAUGUAAUGAGAGGAGAAUCCGUGUUAAAGAAUCGCUGUGAUGUAUAUGUCCUGGUAAAAAUCCGUGGUCACAAUUUCUUGAAGAAAUAUUGAAGUGGUUACACCUUUA